AUUUAAAGUCUCCACAGCUCACAGAUUUCAGUAGAUCUCUUCUGCAGAGACUGAAGUCACCUCAACAAACGCUCAGACUUAUUUGCUUUCUGGAAAAACCUUUAUUUGGAGAUAUUUGGACUCUGAAAUGGCUUCUGAGAGGACUCUUUCAGUAGAGCAGUGCUCGGCCGUCUUGCAGUCUGCUGAAAACGACGUCUUGACAAACAUCCUGAACCUUAUGGGUGACUGGAGAUACGUCAGAGAAAUGACGAGGGAACAGGAACUGAUGCUGGUGUAUUUCCUGGAGGCUUUAAUGAUGCUGUCGUUCCUCCAAGAGCCAGAAGUGGUGAAGAAAAUGACUGUUUCUGAUUGGCUGAAGCGGACGUACAUUGAGGGAAACCGUGAGCGAGUUCUGGUGGGAGUAGACGAGUGCAAUGCCUUCUUUGUCUUGUCAAAUGAGGAGGAAGCGUGGUUUGACGUUUACUACCAAUCUCUGCGUUCAGUGCUGAUCACGAGGAGACACAGGAGAUGCAGUGCAGAUGAAGCUGAGAAAUUCUUCCUGUGCUCUUCAGGGAAUCCGGUGGACAAUCCCUGUGAGGAUCUAAAGAAGCUGCAUGACGAGUAUGAUCUCCCAAGCAUCACCACUGAUAUGCUCAGAUCUUCUGUACACACCGCUGUGCACAAAUUGCAUUUGACGGAUGAUGAGAAACUUUCAAGUCCAGCUCAAGCGCCUGAGGCCAAAUGGAUGAAUGCAAACACAGCUUUCUACUUGCUGAAGAUGUCACAUCCAGUAACGGUGCAUGCAGCGCCUCCAGAAAGAGCUGCACGGGUGCAAAUCUCAAGACAAUUCGAGAGCGACUGCCACUCGCUUUGGUGCGUGACUCAGAAGAAACUCCAUGAGCGUCUUGUUCUUGAUUCGUUUGGUCCUCGUCAGCCAUCUGAGAGCAAAGUGCACAGCUGGAUUGAGAAGCAGGGAUGGAUGGAGAACGUGCCAGAUGCUGCUGAAGUUGUGAAGGACUGGAAGCCUCCACGAAGCAUCCAGGCACCGACAGACAGUAAAUCGAUCCGCAGGAUGAGCCGCAGGCAGUGCUGGAAAGGCCUGCAGCUGAUGGACAGAGAAGGCAAGGGUCUCAGGGUCGUCACCAGCAGGCCGUUUGCUUGCGGAGAGGUGAUCUGUGACUUCCACGGCCGGCUGAUCUCCAGGGACGAGGGACUAGAAAUCCAGCAGAGCAAUCAGACUCAAGCUGGACAUCUGUUUUUCUUUACCAGCAAGAACGGACAGGACAUGUGUUUGGACGCUCAUGAGGAGCGCUGCGAGUGCCAUCCAAACAAAACUACGUUUGGCAGACAAAUGAAACACUCUGUCACACGCGCCAAUCUCAGUCCAAGACUGCACUUUGUGGAGGAUGAACCGCUCAUACUUUUCAUGGCCACACGGGACAUUCAGACGGGCGAAGAGCUCCGCUAUGACUACGGAGACAACAGAAGGUCCUACGCUGGGGACGGUCUGGAUCUGACACCGUCCUAACUGAAGAGGAACAUUAUCUGGAAUAUGUGUAUAGGAAAAAGUCCAUAUAUGGAUGGGACUUACUGUUUUUACAUUUAUAUUGUGACAACAAAUAAUUACAUAAAACGAUUUCAUUUGAAAAGCAUCAAGAAUUGGACUUGUCUGUACAUUACAAACAAAAAUAUACAAACAACAAACCUAGAAUUGUAUAUAAUUCUCCUCUAUUGCUACAAAGAGAGCUUAACUUUCUGUGCAGUUAUAAGAGUUUGUUAAAAUAA